GACGAUCACCUAGACUGGCAGUAAAAAGGAAAGUAAUAGCUGGUUAUUCGAAAACUGCUGCAAAGAAGUUAAAACUAUCACCACUAGAUUUAGAGUCAGUUCCAAAACCUGAACUGUUCACUGCAAUAACCACUUCAAUUGAUAACUAUUGCAAACAGGAAAAUGUUGCACUCACCACAUACGACUGCUUCGAGAAAGAGAGUGGGUGGUGGCUCAUGGUAGCACCAAAAGCCAUGGACCUUCCCGAACGGAGAGGUGGGCCGAUGAACUCUAUCGUCUUAGCGAUAAGUGGUAACGGGAACAUGCAACUUCGUGUUUUGCAGACAAAGAGCGAAGAAAGUGAGUGUGUAAAAAACAACAAGUUUUGUGUUAAGUCGUUAAGAGCCAUGCUAUCCAAACUGUGGUUUCAUCCGUGUCUCGGACUAGAUAUUACAACUUUCAAACAGCUCUCGACUAAUAUUCGAUACAAACUCACGUUGUGCCAACAGGUGGACUUUCCUUACACCCAUUUCAUUUCAAAGAAAUGUCAAAAAAUCAUGAAACCAUAUGCCCGCAAACACCAAAUGUGCCGCAAGUGUGCUGUUAUGAUGAAAAGGUUGCGGCAUGCUGACAAAGUAGCUGCAAACGUGUCAACAUCUGCUAAGAAAAGGCGACGCCACUACACUUCGAGGUGCCCACUGAGUGCUCUCUCUCCAGCCAGCAAAAAAACCCGAAAAAGCUUGACCAGGGUACGGCAAAGCAAAACACUAAAAAAACAGAAGAAUUUGGAGCACAAGUUACAGCAGCACUCAAUCUUGCUUAACGAUGAGCAGAGCAUGGAGCUUGGCACCGCAAUGAACUUUCUAUCAAAAACAAAACAAGGUCAAAAGGCGUUCAAGCAAUUCGUCUGCGACACACAGAAAGAAACUAACCAGGACGUGGUAACUGCAAUGCAGGAAGCUUGGAAAGCAGAUCAAGAAAGAAAUCGUACUGGCAGUAAACGUAAUGUCUGGACAGCAGUUUCAUACAGAAUAGCUCUUGCAAUAUUCUCUAGGAGUCCAACUACCUACAAAGCAUUGACAAAACUGCAAAUCCUACAACUGCCAUCUAUCAGAAGCAUCCAAAGGAAAAUGCAGGACGCUUUUGAGCAUAGUGGUCCGUCCCAAUCAAAUUUGAAAGCCGCGGCAAUUGUGUAUCGUCAAAUGCAAAACGAAGCUGUGCUCCAGGAGAAACCCAAGCCUAUGGGAGAAGGUGUACUGAUAUUGGAUGAAGUGAAGGUUAUAGGAAAAAUCAUGUGGAACAGCAAAAAUCACGAGAUGUAUGGAUUGGCACUAACGCAUAACGAACUAACAAGUCUUCAUGACAUCUACCAGACCUUGGACCCUCAACAAAAAGUAUCACCAGCACAAAACAUCUUACAAUUCCUGUGGCGUGACCUAACUUCUUCGUUUGAUGUCAUCGGACCCUACUAUGCUACUGAGUCUGCUUUAGACACCAGGUUGACAACAGCAACUCUUCUCGAAACAAUGAGAAUUUUCGAAGCACACGGGUUUCAUGUUUCCGGUGUUGUCUUUGACGGUGCCAGCACAAACCUCGCCACUGUCAAGUUACUAACUACGGGCAAGAGAGGACCCUACCAACAGCCAUAUGACAUUCAGCCUUGGUUCACUAAUCCAUACAGACCGCAAGUGAAAGUGCAUUUCGUGAUAUGCCCUUCUCACCAGCUCAAGAACAUGGUGAAUGCACUACAUAACUCACGACCACAAGGCACGAGAGAUUUUAUGUCAGUCCAACCCGCUGAACAUGGCACCCGAUUGGUACCGUUUGGAUGGCAAGCAGUGCAGGAUAUGUACGCACGGGAAGUAGAGCGACGAGACAAGAACUGUCUUCGAAUGGUACCAGGCCUACAACAAAGUUUUAUCGUGAGAGACGCAUGGACCAAACUGAACGUCAAACCAGCUAAAAUUAUGCAGCAAGAACAUGUGCUAGCUGAGCUUAAAACGUACGCUCAACCGGAACACACUGUACAGCAACCCAUUGAUGCAAUCAAUGUUCUGGCAACAGUCAAGUACCUGACAGCCUGCAAUUUGUUGUUUGAGAGGGGUUUGCUAUCUCAUGCAAAGGUUACUUCACAGAGGUGCGAGGUUCUAGAUAACAUCGUGACUGGAUACGCUUACUUCGAGAACUGGCACAGAACCCUAAAAGGUGCAUUUACUUUCAAAAUUGUUGCAGAGAAGGAUUUAUAA